CAAAAAUAAAUAUUAUUAUUGCAUUUAACAUUGUAUAAUCCUCUUAAUACUAUCUUAAUAGACAAGAGAAACCCAGAAUGCAACUGAGCGAUAUUUUCACGAAUGCUUGGACACAAUGUUGCGUGUGUAUAAAUGUAUGCGGAAUUCAUUUUCAUUACCAGUCUAUUUUCUAUUUGUGUUAAGACUUGACGUUAAUUUUAUUUGUGAUAAAUUGAUAACAGCUUCUAAUAAAAUGAAGCUGAUAUCACUCAUUACUUUACUAACGUUAGUACGCAGUCAAAAUAUUCAACGAGAACAAUAUUCAUUUUCAUCUAAGUAUCAAACACCCAGUUCAGAAUUAUUUUCUUCAGAUAGUUCAAUUUAUUUGUCUCCAGAAUCACACACACCAAUACCUUAUUAUGCCUUGAAUAAUAUUAAUAAAUUACCAUUUCAAUUUUUGCCGCCGACUGGAACGAAAGGACCAUCUAUAUUCUCUACCCCAUUUUCUAUGGUAUUGUCUUCCACCUCAAAAUCUAAUUACGAAGAUGAUGAUAAUGAAAGCGAUCAAGAUAACACAAGUAAUCGUCGAAUGUUAACAUUCAAACCUAACUUCAAUCACACAUCUGCAGUAAAGCAAAUAUUCGAUAGGAGUGAGGCUAAUACAAAUUCAAGAAAUACAAACUUCCGGACACCAUUUGAAAAAGUUGAUAUAAAACAAUCAAACUACAGAAGUGGUACUAAUAGUCCGAUUCAAAAUCCAGCUGCUCGUAGAAUGAUUAUAACUAGCGAGAUUCAAAGAACAGAAGCUGGAACCGAUCAAAUUAAAGCUCCUUCUUACCAAAAUUCUCAAUAUAUUCAGGCACCGGGAGGUUUGAUAUCAUCAACAACUGAGCCUUCCAUACCUAUACUUCGCUUAUCUAAUGAAAUGGACUUAGAUGGAAGUUUCAGCUACGAAGCUUUAGGGGCAGAUCAAACCCAUUAUGUUCAACACAGUCGCAUGGAGAAUAUGGGCACGGACAAAGAAGAACAAGUAGUUGAAGGCUCGUAUUCUUACGUCGGCGAUGACGGACGCACAUAUACAGUUCACUAUGUCGCCGAUUCUAAUGGAUACCGAGCAACUGGUGAUCACUUGCCUGUACCGCCACCGGUACCAGAAAUCAUACAAAGGGCUGUUCAGUAUAACUUGGCUGAAGAAGCAAAAAAACCCCCACAUCUGAAAUCAACGUGGGAAAAUGAAGAUAAUGAAUACGAACAUCGAGAAGAAUCUAAACAUAGAAUAUUUAGUAUUCCUCCACCACGUAACUUAUUUACGGGCAAAACUCCCGAAGCCUUUUCAUUUGGUUUUUCUCAAGGCAUGAACUCACAAAAUAAUUUUGUCACUGCACCUAGUUAUCAGGUUCCAACAAAGUCAAAUUUCGAAAUAAUCAUGGAUCAAUCUAAGCCGAAACUUAAUGUAACACCGAUUUCACCACAAAUUACUUUUUUGGCAUCGCAAGGAGCCCAUAAUCCCUCACUACAGCCUCAGCCUUCUCAAACGAAAACAAUGAAUAAUGAGAAAUCAUCGCUACCAUUACUGAUGAAUUAUGAAGCAGACAUUAAGGAACCUGAACAAGAUGCAAACAAAGGAUUGUGGAGAUGGCAAUAUGGCCUAAAUUCAAAUGCAAAUCAAGACUCAAAUAAAAAGUCUAUAUCUCGUUCGUCGAGUGAAGGAGACGACAUAGUUAUUAACUUUAGUGAUAUGACACCGGAUCAGUAUACGAGAAUGAUACAGUCCCAAGUAAUAGGGCGAAAUAAUGACGAAUCUAACAAAUUUGAAACAGCUACUGAAAAAGAAUCAUCUACACCUUUUUAUCAAAACAUUGAAACAUAUAGUACUGCCAACAACAAAUCACAAACGUAUAGCGCAACUGAUAAAUAUGAAAUAUUCACCUCUACUCAAAAUUAUGACUUAUAUUCAAAACAAAGUGAUAGCCCCAAAUAUACAGAUUCAUACUCUAAAAUAGUAAGCAGGAAUAAUUUUAUCCCACAAAAUCAAAUGGCAACACAAUCAUAUAACAUAGAAGUUACAAAACAUGAACCAACUCAAAUAAAUGCAGUUAACGACAAUGCAACUGAAAAUAUAAAUUCUGCUUAUAAGAUGGAUUUUAUAAAUAAUCAAUAUUUUUCGGCCGAUAAUAUUCAACAAGAAACGUCAUCUGUAAAUCCGUUCAUUCAUAACUUUAACAAUAUUAAUCAGCUCGAUUUAAAACAUGAGAAGGAUAGUUUUAAGCCGAUUGUAUAUAAAAAGGAUAAGGAGUAUUUUAAAUAUGAUACUACAAGUACAGAACCUCCAAUGGAAGAAAUUAUUAAGAAUAAUAUAUUUUUAAGAACUUUGUUUAAAUCUAAUAAUAACGAAGAAAAACCUAAACAGAAUAAUGAUAAUAAAAACAACCAAGCAAAUGUUACUACAGAACUAAAAACUGAAAAAACUCCUAAGUAUAUUUCAUUUCAAGAGAGACCCCAAAACGAAAUUAAAAUGAUGCAAUCAAAACCUUUUGAUAUGAGCGAUGUUCUCAAUUACGUCGCCAUGAAAAAUCAUUUUGAAUCGAUCAAAACAAAACCCAAAAGUAAACCUACAAAUAGUUUUAAUCAAAAUUCAAACCUGAAAGAGGCAUCCGUACAUUAUAUACCAAUUAAAGAAAAUAAUAUAGAGCGCGAGAAUAACAGACUAGAACAGGAAAGCGAUUAUCGAGUUUUGAAUCACCAACAGCAACAAGAGCUACACGGACUAAUUAAAAAUUACAAAGUGCUCCAACGUCAUAAAAACAUGGGACAAAAAAGUCAACCUAUGUCGGAACCUCAACGACACAUUAAAGCAUUUCACACACAAAGUUUACCGCCUUUAGGACGGGCUGGACCUUCAAUGAAGAGUUACUUACCACCAACUUAUUUAUAAAUGACAAAUCCACUGUGAUUCAUCAAAAUCAAUUGUAAAUAUUUUUCGAAAUGCAUUUAUUAAGAUAAGAAAUAAAAUAUAAAAUUAAG